AUGGCCAUCCACGACCCAGUAACCUACAGCGUAGGCCCCUACACCAAACUCCACAUCAACAAGCUAUCAUCCACAACCCCAGACCGCAUAGCAAGCUACAACAAACACCUCUGGGUGUGGGUGCCCGCCAAGGGCCUCUUCAACAACAUGGGCCACCUGACCAACGUCAUGUCGAUAAUGAUCUACAACGGGCUGGGCGAGUUCGUGAACGAGCGGGAUGAGGAGCGCCACGGCGGCGUGUGGUUCUCGUUUUGGGCGCAGGGAUCGGAGGAUGGGCAUCGGCUGAAUGCGCUGGCUGUUGCUGGGUUGAAUGAGUUGGCGAGGGAGGAGAAGGAGAGGGUGGAGAGGGGAGAAUAG